ACGGCCCGCCCCCGCUCGCAGAAACCGUCUUUCGCGGAGAGCGAGUCACAGCGCGAGGAUUCGGAGCGUGGCUUUCUGCGCCAGCUGCGAGAGAUCAGUUUCAAGAUAAAGGAUAUGUGUCAUUGUUUACAAGGAAAAACAUCGUCAGGAGGGAUAUAAUCAUUUUUUACUGAAAACGGAACAGGAAGUCGGAUAAAUACACUCGAAUCGAAGUCUAAAGACUAAAGUGCAACAAACAGAAACUUGUUGGAAACGAGGAAGUGUAGCUCACUUGCUAACUAGCUAUAAGCUAAGGAAAGCUGAGAAAAAAUAAGUAUAAAAAGACUUUAUAAUUGUUUUUUCCCAUUGGUUUGGCAGACAACUGAACAACACUUUAUCAUCGGAGCUGAAAGCUCUAUUUACCCCUACAUGCACGAGGGGUUAGAAUGGAAACGCCCUUCUACCAUGAUGAUGUGUUGAAUAUUACUGGGAGAACCACGCGCGCUUACUCUUCCAACAGGAUGAUGAAAAAGGAUAUGAGUUUAAACCUCACGGACACAAGUUCAAACCUGAGGCCGAGUCUCAGAGACGCCGAGGGGAUCCUGAACUCUCCGGACCUUGGACUCCUGAAACUGGCCUCUCCGGAACUGGAGAGACUGAUCAUUCAGUCUAAUGGCAUGGUCACUACGACGCCGACCUCGCAGUUCCUGUUCCCAAAGUCUGUUAGCGACGAGCAAGAGUUCGCGGAGGGCUUUGUGAAGGCGCUCGAGGACUUGCACAAGCAGAACCAGCUGAACGGCGGCACGUGCGCGCCGACCGGCGGUCUGGACCUCAGCACGAGCGCGGCCCCCGUCACCGUGCACACGGACCUGCCCGUGUACACCAACCUGAACAGCUACGGUAACAGCCCCCUGGGGACCACGGUGAACUACUCUACGGACACGGUCCCCUUCCCGCCGCCCCCCUCGCAUCCCCUGAGCGCGCAGCAGCGCCUGCACUCCCUGAAGGACGAGCCGCAGACGGUCCCCGACGUGCAGAGCUUCGGCGACAGCCCGCCGCUGUCGCCAAUCAACAUGGACACGCAGGAGCGCAUCAAGGCGGAGCGGAAAAAGCUUCGCAACAGAAUAGCCGCGUCCAAAUGCCGAAAACGCAAGCUGGAGAGAAUAUCGCGGCUCGAGGACAAAGUUAAGUCUCUUAAGACACAGAACACUGAACUGGCCUCCACCGCGAGUUUGCUGCGGGAACAAGUUGCCCAGCUCAAACAGAAGGUCAUGAACCACGUCAAUAAUGGAUGCCAGCUCCUGCCACACCAAGUCCAAGCUUACUAGAGGAUUAAGGGGCGCGUCUCCGGGUCCAUUUGGAUCUGCAUAAGCGCGAUUCAUUCCUGACUCAAUUGCCUUGACUCUGUACUGAGCACUGUAUUUCAAAUGCCGACAUUCACAGAAAGGACACUGUCGAGUGACGCGCGGAGAUAUAAGUUGAAGACACGUUUACAAAUAUUUUAGAAAAAAAAAAUAUUGUAAAGCUUAAACAGAAUUCACCUUACUUGCCUCUCUCGAGAGAAACGGUUUGGUUCCAUGUGUUCAUAUGUUUUAUUUGACAGUAGCCUUCGCUGAAUUUCGAAGAAUUCAUCUGAAAAGGGAAAACAAGUAUAUGCAUGUUAUAGUGACAAACUCGAUGAAUACCAACUAUCAUCUGGGUGUCAUUGAGCGCAUGCCGUUUACAUGUAUGUCUGACUUGUUUACAAGCACUUAUAAACGGAUAAAAUGUCCAUUUUAUACAAAACGUAACUGUACAGUGUCCUAUUACAGUGUUUUAAAACUUCGCAGAUUGUUUUCUGUUUAACGUAUUUGUGUGUGCCGUUUUUUUCUUUUACAUUCCGUAUACAUAUGUAUAUAUCAAUCUUGGAUAUUGCGUUGUACAAGUGUUAAAUAAAAAUACUGAACAACUUCA